UCUUGGCUCUGAUUGCAUGAACUUAAAUUAAAUAUCCAUUAUGGUUUUAAUUAAAUCACACAACUCUAAUAUUAAUAACUAUUGCUUUCUGGUUUGUAGUCCUAAUCAUGUAUUUAUUUUUGGCUUAUUUAAUAAAUAAAACAUAAAAAAGUUUAGAGAUUUGUGGUGGGCAACAGUCCAUAGUUGUUGGGUCACUAAGGCAAUCCAUGAAGAAGAUGAAGAAAGAUGAAGCUCUAUAUAUAUAUAUAUAUAUAUAUUGGUACAACUGUACAUGAUAAAUAAUUAUUGUAAUUUACUAUUAUUAUGAUGUUUUGUAAUAAUAAUAGUAAUGCCCAGUUAUGAUCAGUAACAUGUCAAGGGCUUAUCUUGCCCACUAAACUUAAAGAUCAAUGGUUGUAUUAAUAAGCAAAUAUGAAAAAAUGAUUUGUUAUGAUGAAAAUGACAGUUUUUGCUUAUUAUUUUUAGGGAGGCUGUUUUGUUUUGUUUUGUCUUGUUUUUUCCCAUAGUGAAUUUUCUAUAAUAUCAUUUCAUCUUAUUUUUUAGGCUGUUUUGCCUUUGUUGUAUCAGAAAGUUGCAAAGGUGGGGAGGGAGGACCAUUUAUUGAUUAUUCUUUUUUCAUUGCAAGUUGGGAUUUUUAUUUUUGUGGAUUACAUCCAUACUUUAUUCUCACUUAUAUAGGACCUAAUUGUUUUUUUCCUUCUGAAAAUUUUGAAAUACUAAAUAUUAUAUAAUUGGAGUCUUGUGGGUUGCUUCAAAUAUUUAAGUUCUUCUCUUGUUUCAUGGUAUUUUGCAUUUAAGUCCCAUCAUCUUGCUUAAUUCAAGAAUAGAUUUUUGACCUUUGACAACAUGACAACAAAGAGAGGAAAGCACUCCCAGCCUUUUUGGCCUUCUCUUGUGAUGAAAAAAUGGCUAAAUAUUCAGCCUAAGGUGUAUGAAUAUAGUGAAGAUGAGGUUGACACAGAAACUGAGAGUGAAGAUGAUGCUUGCUCAGUUAAAGAUUCUAGAAUGCAUAGUUGUGAGAGCCGUGCCAAUAGGACGCCAUGGAAUCAACCUGUUUCGAUUCAAACUUCAGAUAAAUCUUAUAACUGUUACCGGUCAAGACAUAGGAGAGGAAAAUCAGAAACCUUGCGAGUUCAGUACAUAAACACAAAGGAUGUGAGGGUGACAAUUGGCACUUGGAAUGUUGCAGGGAUUGCUCCAAGUGGCGAUCUUGAUAUCGAUGAUUGGCUCUCCACAGAAGAACCUUCUGACAUUUACAUCAUUGGGUUCCAAGAAAUAGUACCUUUGAAUGCUGGGAAUGUGCUUGGAGCUGAAGAUAACAAACCAAUUCCGAAAUGGGAAGCAAUCAUUCGAAGAACUCUAAACAAGUCCUCUGAACCUGAAGGCAAACACAAAAGUUACAGUGCUCCACCUUCUCCAGUAAUGAGGACAUCUUCUGUUGCUGAUGUUCUUGCAGAUGAGAUUGAUGCUCAUCCAUUAGAACUACAAACCAAUGAUUUUGAUGAUGGUUUUGACAUGGAAAGGGAAGAGUUCAACAAAGCUAUUGGUUUAGGAAAGAAUUUACAGGUGAAAAGAUUAUAUGGGAUUGAUGAUAGUAAGUUGGAUUGGCCCGAACGCUCACUAGAGCCAACUCAACAAGUCAUCUCUACUAACUCAAAACUAAGAAGAGUUCUCAGCAGUUCUGCAAGAAUUGGGUUUGAGAAUUCUCUUCUGGUCAAUCAACAUGUACCACUCAAUGGUAGUAGACUUAAAAGGUCUAGCCAUAGCUCGGGAAACCUCGGGUUAAUGUGGAUGGAGAAAGAACUGGAGCCACAAGUCCUUGAUGUGGCUGAACUAUCUUCUGAAGAUGAAGAUGAAGAUGAUGAUGAUGACAUGUUUCCUGAUCUUUCAAAUGAUCAAGUUGUUGGUGAUGAUGAGCUUGUUAAUACUGUGAAAUCACGACCGAGAUAUGUUAAGCUUGUGAGCAAGCAAAUGGUAGGGAUAUAUAUCUCAGUUUGGGUGAGAAAGAGGUUGAGAAGACACAUAAACAAUCUGAAAGUUUUUCCUGUUGGAACUGGCCUAAUGGGAUACAUGGGAAACAAGGGAUCUGUUUCGGUAAGCAUGUCGCUCUUUCAUUCGCGGUUGUGCUUUGUUUGUUCUCAUCUAACCUCUGGUCAGAAAGAAGGAGCUGAACAAAAACGCAACUCAGAUGUGAAUGAAAUCAUAAGGCGAACACGUUUCACAUCAAGUGUUUUUGAUGGUGAACAACCUUUGACAAUUCCAUCACAUGAUCAAAUAUUCUGGUUUGGUGAUUUGAAUUAUCGACUCAAUAUGUUGGAUCACGAGGUAAGGAAACUCGUCUCUUUGAAAAGAUGGGAUGAACUACUAAAGACUGAUCAGCUAACCAAGGAGCUUCGAAGAGGACAUGUUUUCGAGGGAUGGAAAGAGGGAGCCAUUGAGUUUCCACCUACAUACAAGUAUGAAAUCAACACUGAUAGAUAUGUAGGCGAAAACCCGAAAGAAGGAGAGAAGAAGAGAUCUCCAGCAUGGUGUGACCGAAUACUAUAUCUCGGAAAAGGCAUAAAACAACUUUCUUACAACAGAUCAGAAUUAAGGGUCUCAGAUCAUAGACCAGUCAGUUCAGUAUUUUCAGUUGAAGUUGAAGUCUUAAACCAAAGGAAGCUUAAAAAAGCUAUUAAAUUCACCAGUGCUGUAGUACAUCCUGCUGUUUUUUCUGAUGAAGAGAGAAACUAAUAACAUUUUAGUGUGUUGACAAUUACACUAACAAGGUUGGGAAGUGUUGUGAAUUUUUGACCAAUGCAUUGGAGAAUGCUGCAGCAUCAUGAAGAUUAUAGUGUUAUAUAUGACCAAGCUAUACUGAGAUACUAUACAGAGAGAUUUAGUGAAAGAGAAUAAGGUGUGAAUGUACAUACAAAAGCCAAACAAAUCAGGUCUAUUUUAUCAUAAGAGACCUCUCAUCAAGACACUUAAGUUCAUUACUGAUUUUUGAUGUGGUUUUUCAUUCUUUUUUUUGUUUUUAAUUUUGGUGUAUGUUUAUUGGACAGACAACAAUUAUGUCUCUUUAUUUAAAUCCUUAUUUUGAGUAAA